AUCCAUCUUCGAGUGGUUCGACAGGUGAACUGACCUCGUAAUGAAUCAUCUUUUAUUUUUCAAUAAUAAACUUGUUAUGGACAUUCAUUUCAAUUAUAUUGAUCAGGCCUAAUUUACUAUUUAAAUCUUUCCUUGCCUCAGUUGUGGGUAAAGCCGACAUACUGAGGUGCGCAUUGUUUCUCAUAAUGAAAAAUAUUGUUUCAACUGAUUCCGAGUAGCGUAUCGUUAAUAUUCAAAAGGUGAAUCGCAUCAAGAUAAUUCAGUUUAGAAGGAGAAAAACGGGGUAUUAUAAUUUGUUCACCGAUUAAGGUUCCGUCAGAAUGCACAAAAUAACAGUUUUGUCACUACUUACUUUCUUCAGUUUGAAUUUGGAGGUUUAUUGUGACGAGUGUCCAAUAGUAACGACACCACUGGGGAAAAUAAAAGGAAGCAUACAGAAGUCUAGACUUGGAAGGACUAUUUAUUCUUACAGAGGAAUUCGCUACGCAAAACCGCCUAUAAAUGACUUGAGAUUUCAACCUCCACAACCUAUUGGCAAAUGGGAAGGAGUGUUCGAUGCCACUAAAGAUGGUCCACUAUGUUCGCAGCCCAAGAUAUUCGGAAACUCUUCCGAAGAUUGCCUCACGUUGAAUGUUUAUACCACCAAGCUCCCAAGUUUUUGGAGCAAUCCCAAACGACCCGUUAUAGUUGACUUUCCCGGUGGAAGUUUUUUCAUUGGUGGAGCUUCCAGUAAUCAGAUGGGUCCAAAUUAUUUUAUGGAUCAGGAUAUAGUCUUGAUAAGUUUCAACUAUAGAUUAGCGUCUCUGGGUUAUUUGAGCACUGGAGAUAAACAUGCGCCAGGUAAUAAUGGUUACAAAGACCAAGUCGUACUACUUAAAUGGGUCAAAAAUAAUAUAGAACAUUUCGGAGGUGAUCCUAAUUCUGUCACCCUUUUUGGAUUUAGUGCCGGAGGUUGGUGUUCAUUGCUGCAUAUGGUAUCUCCUAUGUCCGAAGGUUUAUUUCACAAGGCAGUAUCAAUGAGCGGUAACUCAGUAGGUAUAUUCCCAAUUCAAAAUAAUCAACUAGAACUGGCAAAGAAACAGGCGCGUUUGGUUGGAUGUCCAGAUGAUACUUCAGAGAAUAUAGUGAAUUGCCUGAAAAGAGUACCAGCUGAACAAUUAGCAGAAUCUCUAUUUGGAUUUCAGGAAUUCGGAUCUGAUCCUGUUGUCAUAUGGGGACCGGUAAUUGAAGGAAAAUUUGGACAACAACAAUUUUUACCGGAUCAUCCAAUUCGUCUCAUCAUGAAAGGACAAUUCCAAAAAGUUCCUUAUAUAACUGGACAAACUAAAGAUGAAAUAGGAAUAAAAUCAUACGAAGUAAUCGAUAAUGCCACCUUAACUAAAGAAAUGAAUGACGAUUUUGAGACGAUAGCUCCCAUCAGUUUCAUCUAUGAAAGAAAUACCAGUCAUUCAAAAAAAGUCUCCAGAGCGAUUAAAUCGUUUUAUUUUGGUAACAGACCUUUGGACAAAUCUCAAUUGAAAAAUUUAGGAAAUGUAGGUAUUGAAGGUUUUAUGAGCAUGAGCGUUAACAAGUGUGCUGUCCUAGUUCAAAUAAUUCAAAUCAAUCCUGUUUACAAUCUAAUUUGUUUCAGCACUAGUCCAUUUUAUUUUCAUGCUACCUUUUCAGGGGUUUCUCACGGAGAUGACUUGAGUUAUUUAUUCUAUGAUUCAAGAAAUUUUCCUCUAUUUGGAAAAGAUUCUCCAAGGCCUGAAAUUGAUAUGGUUGAGAAGCUGACAACAAUGUUUGCAAACUUUGCUAGAACUGGAAAUCCAAUACCACACCGGAGUGCGAAACUCGAUAACGUGAAAUGGGAUCGUUUUACACUGCAAACUCAAAAGUACAUGGAUAUUGGUAACAGGCUCGUCAUGAAGGAAAGAUUAUUCGAGGAGCGCAAUGAAUUUUGGGAGAACCUUUAUCCUUUGAGUUUCUAUGCUAAAUCAAACUAAGAAAUUCAAUGUAUCUUAAUUAUGAAAGAGUUUGAAUAAAUUAAAGUAACAUUUGGAGAAAUAAAGGUUUGAA